AUGAUAUUCUCAACACCUAUAACGCACAUAUCGCUCUGCAUCCGUCCCUCCACGGGCAAACCGUACAUGUUCUCGAUGCGCAUGGGUCAGAACAACUCCUGGGAGCCGUACAGCAAAGACAUGACUUACGGCUUCGUGCUCGAGUUCGCCUCUCAAGAGCACCUCGACUACUACCUCCCACAUGACCCCAUGCAUCUCGAGCUCAGUCGGAACGCAGCGCCGCUUGUUGAAGACUCGGUGGCCGUGGAGAUCAGGGAUAGUGUGCUUUUUGGUCCAACGCCGCAGAAGCCGGUCGGCCUCGAGGGGACGUGGAAGGGCGCGUGUCAUCUAGAGGAUGUGAGGUGGGAGGUUCAGAAGCCGGGUGGCGGGCUGUAUAGCUGCAACUACAUAGUGCCGCGUGAGGCGACCACGAUCGUUCGGGGGUUGGGAGAGUAUGCGUACAAGGGCGCGAGUGGGAAGGAUGUGCAUUGCUAUUUCUAUCGGAGAUGCACGGGCCAUAUUUAUCAUCAUCGGGAUGCGAUGACGGAGAAGGUUAUCGUAAGGACGCUGUAG